AUGUCUGGGACCUGUCAGGCCCCGCAGAGACGCAUCCGAAUCCAAUACUUGAACAUGGCAUCUUCCAAACGGAAACAGAAGCCCACCCAGCGUGGACCUCAGCGGAAACCCAUGUACCACUACCGACGCCGCAACAGGACCUACAGCCCGAGCUACUGCCCCAGCUACUAA